AUGCCAGUCUAUCACGUCGUUCUUUUCCGUCUGAAGGAGGGUGUGAAGCAAGAGCAACUUGAUACCUGGGCCCAGGUAGCUAAGUCAAUGGUUGGCAAGAUCCCAGGAUUGAUCUCUCUCGAGGCGAAUACCCCGUUGCCAAUCUCUGUGCCUCGAGCCAAAGGAUUUAAUAUGGGACUUGUGGCUGUUCUAGAGAAGCCGGAGGAUUUGGCGACUUAUGCUGUGCACCCGGUGCAUUUGGAAGUUCACAAGUUCCGGGAGGAGCUAGCUGAAGAUACCUUGGCCUAUGAUUUGGAGUUUUAG